AUGGCUGAGAAAAAAAUUGCAUUUAGUGUGCUUAUUAUAGGUUUAGACGGUAGUGGUAAAACUACUAUGAUAAGAUAGCAUGCAAACUUAAAAUCUGAAGUUUUUCCUACAGCGGGUUUUGAAAUUUAAUAUUUAAAUUGUUCCGGCAUAAAUGCUCCAGUUUUAGUUUACGAUUGCUCUGGAAUAGGCAGAGCUAGAGAUAAUUGGAGGACAUUUUACGAUGCUUGUGAUGGUAUCAUCUUCGUAAUUGAUUCUACUGAUACUUAGAGGCUAUCAGUUUUAAAAAAAGUAAUCAAAGAUCUAUUAACAGAUCGUUCAAUAAAAGAUAAGAAGCCAAUUCUAUUCGCAUUCAAUAAGUAGGAUGAGGAAGACAUUAUGGAAAAAGAAGAUUUCGUUUAAGAAUUAGAAAUUAACAAUUUUAAAAGAACUUAAAAAAAUCCCAUUUCUACUAAAGGCAUAACAGGUAAAACAGGCGAUGGAGUCUUGGAUUGCUUUUAAUGGAUAAGAGAUAAUAAAGGAUCAAAGCAUUCUUGA